AUGGUGCCCAGACCCCUCCCUUACAACGGCAACUAUGCGUCGCCCGAUGAAUACGUCUCCCAUCUCCUCCACUUUGUCAACACUACUGAGCUUUUCCAAAUCCUCUGCGGCGGUACUCACAUCCUCGACUUCUUCACCUCGUCGCCUGGUCUCUUUCACACUGUCAUACCCAAGACGUGGCGACCGUUUCUCUUGCAAUGCGAUGUUAUGCGCCUCCUCGACAUCUUGAUGAGAGAUGAUCUCGAAAAUCUCCAACUAGCUGGUCUGCCGGAAAUGCCGGACAGCUUGCUUCAGUACAUCAAAUCCAUCAGGCAUCUUUCACUCGACAGAGAAUUUACUCCCCCGUCACACGAUUUGCCCGUUCUGCCGCAAAUCGUUAAAGUAGGCAUGAAGCCCAAAAAGAUUCAUGAAGUCGCAAAUUUUGCCGACUACGUGGAUCGCCUGUCCAAGAAUAUUGCUACUUCAAAGGCGAACCGAAUAAGUCACUUUGUAGACUUUGGCAGUGGCCAGAACUAUCUUGGCCGCGCUCUGGCCAGCGAGCCUUACAACAGACGAGUCGUUGCGGUAGAGGGUCGCGAGAACAAUGUCACUGCGGCAAGAGGCCUCGACAUAUCCUCUGGCCUGGCAACCAAAGAAAAGGUCAUGAGGAAUAAGAGACUGUGGAACAAGAUUCUUGAAGCGGCCGGGCCACACCCACAUAAAAGUCCAGACGUGUUCAAACAAGUUGCCGGCACAGAAGCAUUCGACUUUAGACCCCGGGAGCAAUUAAAGUCGGAGUGCAUAGUGGAGCACGGCAAAGGCCAUGUACAAUACGUUUCUGGGCGUCUGGAUAGCGGCGACCUGUCGGAAGUCAUUGCCAAGAUUGACAAGACCUCUGCUGCGGCGGAAAAGCGCAAGCUAAUGGCCAUCUCCAUCCAUUCCUGUGGCAACCUCUCCCACUUCGCCAUUAGGUCACUCAUCCUCAAUCCCGAUGUUCGCGCCAUUGCCAUUGUAGGAUGCUGCUACAAUCUCAUGACCGAAAGACUCGGCCCGCCGACCUACAAACACGCCUAUUUGCGUCCAACCCUUCAGGCGCUCAAUGGCCGCGUCGGCCGAGAAUCUUCAAAAUUCGACCCCCAGGGCUUCCCCAUGUCCCAAAAAUUCUGCACUUACGACGACGACGGAAUUCGACUCAAUGUCACUGCUCGGAUGAUGGCUUGUCAAGCCCCCAAGAACUGGGACCGCUUGGACAGUGAGGCUUUUUUUUCGCGACACUUUUUCCGAGCCGUUCUCCAAAAGAUCUUUUUGGACAGGGGCGUCGUCAAACAAAUAUGUCACGUUCCGGAAAAUGCAGAUGGACAAGCGUUCAGAAAUCCCGGACCAUUCGACGUGGGCACACAACCCGUUACCAUCGGGGGUUUGCGAAAGAGCUGCUACUCUUCGUUGAGAGCCUACGUCCGGGGAACAAUUGAGAAGUUGACUACCAGCAAGGAAUACAGGCAGUACACAGACGUGAUGAAUGAGAAGAUGGCCGAUAUUACGGACGGGGAGAUUGACGAGUAUGAAGCUGAGUAUUUGCCGAGGAAAAAGGAGCUGUGUGUGAUUUGGAGUCUGAUGGCAUUUAGUGCCAUGGUCGUGGAGUCGAUGAUUGUGGUAGACAGGUGGAUGUUUCUGAAAGAACAAGUCGAAGUCGGCGACGCGUGGGUUGAGACGGUGUUUGAUUAUGGGAUGAGUCCGCGGAAUUUGGUCGUGGUUGGAGUCAAAAAGGAUGACCACGCGAACAGCACAUGA